UCGGCAAACCGUGUCCUGCGCGCCUUCGCAAGUUGUUUACAUCCACCACCACCACGACGCCAGUAUGGAUGCUCCUGUCUACUACUCAAGAGCCGAGUACAUCGAGACGGACACGGGAAACAAGGUCUCGCGUCGCGCAACGAUUGCUGGGCCCCAAAACAUCAUCCUCGGCGGCAAGACCGUCAUUGCGAGUGGUGCCAUUAUACGCGGGGAUCUGCGUAGAACUGGUCCUGGACAUGCGGUAGUCAUUUCGUUAGGACGGUACUGUCUCAUCGGUGAAGGAUGCGUGAUGCGACCGCCGUACAAGACCUACCGAGGCAACUUCAACUACUAUCCCAUGAAGAUCGGUGACCAUGUGCAUGUAGGCAGCGGCUCAAUCGUAGAGGCUGCUACCAUUGGAAAUCACGUCGAGAUUGGGAAGAACUGCAUCAUUGGCAAGUUCACUAUCAUCAAAGACUGCGCGAAGAUCGCGGACAACACUGUCAUCCCACCGAACACGGUCGUCCCUGCCUUGGCGCUCUUUGCGGGCUCGCCAGGUCGAUUCGUCGAAGAUCUUCCCGAGUCUACACAAGAGAUGGUGGAAGCGCACACAAAGGGCUUCUACACCCGCUUCCAGCCUGCUACUACUGAGCGUUGAUCGGUGCUUCCACUUCGUCAUGACACAACCGUAUACCCGUUUUCGAGGAUACCACAUCAUCUUGGACAGCUAUACCUAGGUGAGUGUCCAUAACCAUUCUGUCUUGCCGAAAUAUCGAGGAAAUUCGGCAGUGUAGCCCUGACAGGCCAAUUCGAUGACAACCCAUCACCACUCUUCGACGCCUCUCCUUUCUAUCGCGGUCGCGACUUCGUGGAGUGCUGUUAACAGAUCAGCAAAACAGCGAGGCGGAUUGCUCACGCUUCCUGUACAGU